AUGGCCGACUGGAAAUUAUUGGGGGAAGUGCCAGACUCCGAAGACGAAGAUGCGUUUGACAGCCUGGAAGUGGCGACAACCCUCAAUUCGACGACCACGCAUGUAGGCGAACUUCCAGCGACGGAUCCCUACGAUAUUUGGGAAUUUCCUGGAUCCCAACAUGUAACGGAAACUACACACCGUCCCCCGAGCAAGAACGCGCUCGAUUUGACCACUACGCCUGUCAGGGAAACCCUAACGACGAACCCCGACAACGUGUGGGUAUUCCAUGGCUCCCAACAUGCAAACGAAAAUGUACACCAUAUUCCGAGCCCGAGCGACUCCCUCAGCUCGUCACCUCUGUCGUCCGUGCAGAGCAUGGACGGGCUUACAGAGCUUGAUGGCAUGUUCCUGGACGACGAUGGAAUGAGCAGUUUCCAAGAAGAUCCGAACGGAAGAGCGAGCAGCGGCGGAGGCUCACGAUUUACAGACCGAGUACCGCCAAAAUUGGAAGGCAUUCACGACGGUGUCAUCUCCAGUCAAGCCCUCCUCCAAGACGUUGUUUUGCCCAGCCAGGAUCUGGGUCUUCAAGAAACCAGGGAUGACCUGCGUCGGGAAGCUGUGCGACUGGAACGCUCACUACGACCACGAAAGCCUAUCCAAGAACACCCAUAUCUUCUGGAGAAUGCAAUGUACAGCAGCCUUAUCCGACAACACGGCAUGCGUCCUGUUCAGAUUGCCGCGGCUCCUGCGAAAGUCAUGCAAGGCAAAAAUAUUCAGGACGGCGAGUUUCAGGACGACAGCCAGGAAACCUCGCUUCCAGAUGUGAAUAACUCGAGCCAACUGUUGAGCGAUGACACCAUGCACGGAAGCAGAGGUCUCGGCCAAUACGACUUCCCUUCCUCCUCUCCACCCAGGACAUCGCCCUGGAUCAGCCAUAGACGGUCUAGCAUCCAUGAGAGCUCGCAAGGUGACACGGAUAAUACUAGUGUUACCGAUCAAGAUUUGCCCACGCUCCAAGACCUCCUGUCUAAACCCGAACUAAAGGUCCCAACUUCCGCAAAACGUCUCAGUGCCACUCUUGCCUCAUCUGCUCGAAAGCGGAGGAGGCACGAUAUCGUCGACAGUGACCCACUGGAUGCUACUACCAGUGGCCGGGAUGCUCAGGUGUACUCUACCCACCGUUUAGCGGCUGGACCGCUGCCGCCUAUCCCACGCCUCCAGCCAAAUGCGAGAUGCUCUGUCGAGGUUUCCCCCACCAAAACUGUUUUGACGAUAGAUAAUAGCUCGUCCUCGGAAGAUGAGGGAAACGACGGCGAAUCAUUACGAGACCAACUUGUCAAUUUAUCAGAUGGGCCUACCACUGAAGAACUGGUCUACAAAAAGCGCAUACGUGGAGUUCUACCAGCCUCAUGGCUUCGAUUGGACCAAAAAGCAAGCAGAGAUGAAGCUCAAAAGUAUCUCCACGGUCGUCAGAGAAAUCGUACUCCGGAGCAGGAGGUACGCCGCGGUUUAGCACAGAGAAGGACGAUGAGCAAUGCCGCUGCAUCUGUGGACCCUUUAUGGGGUUUGGAUGAAUCAGAAGACGACGAAAUGACAACCCGCCCUGCUACGACUGAUGAUAAGCACCAAAACCAAUCCCGAAUUGUUUUGAUGCCUGAAGAAAUUCCAGCGCAAGCAAAUGCCGACAUAUCCAACCAAGGUUCUAUCAUAGAGCAUGAUGCCAUCGAUACUAUGUUCAGUGGACCAACACGACGGCGCGCCUCCAGCAAUGCAAAGCGACGUCCCAAGGCCAGAAAUCCCCCUAAAAUUGGCACGAGCGCAAACAUGAGGCAACAAACAAUUGGAGCGUCGCUAAUUCGGGCUCGAUCGAAACCUGGGCAACACCACAAGCAAAAGUUAGAUCGAUCCGGAUCAGAGAGACGAUCUGCUUCCCAGCUGGCGCCUAGACCGCUGAGUAUUCUCGAUGUCAUCAAGCCUGAUGCGCCCCGGUUUCUGAGAAUUGCAGCACGGACAGCAAAGGAGAGAGCCAAUCAAGGGCGUUGCAGCCCCUUGAAGAAGAUAGUACGCCUCGCGUCGAGAGUUGACAACCUUGAUGCAGCCGCCUCGCUCAAUCGAUGGAAGUCUGGAUCCAUUUCACAAAGCGAAGACGUGUCAGAAGCUAGAAAAGAGAAGCAGAAGCAGAAGCAGGCUCCUAGGAGACCCCUCGCUGAGCGAGUUGGUAUUCGACCGACUGCAACGCUCAGCCCCCCGAGAUCAACCAAAGUGGCAGCAAGCAGAUCACGAAGAUUUGUAAAGCAGACUAGCAAUGGGGGAUCCCCUCGCUAUCUACCGUCAAGCAAGGCACUGGACAUUCCGACUCUUGCAAAUACUGCAAGCGUUGAGAACAAUGCCAAUGUACUGCCUCCACCAGAACCUCCACAGUCGGCAAGAUGCGGCAAGAAAGCCUCAACGGACAUCUCGCGCCCCUCACGUCCUGCAAUAAUGGAAGUGGAAGAGGUCAAAAAAGUCGCACCGCUCAUGUUUCAUCGGGAAAAGAAGUCGCGGGACAGCAUCUACCGCAAAAAUAACCGAGACUCCUCUGUUGAUGCGUCAGAUAUGCGCUCCGAAAUGAGCACCAAUAGGCUUUCGGCUGCAAGUCUAUCGGGGAUUACUCAGGAACAGCCUGUGGGGGAGAGCCAGUCACAAAAGCAAGCAAAGCGUCGAGCCCGAACCAAAAAAAGAAAAAUUCCUAGGCGCGUCGAUGUUGAUGCACCGCAAUUCAGCCACGCAGCAGAUCCGCCACCAACCUCAUAUACUGCCGAAAUAGAGCUAGCCCGAUCGCAAACAGCCAAUGAAGGAGCCAAGCUCGCUGGACUCGGCCCAUACGGUACAGAGUAUACGACACAUUUCGAAAUCUUUCCACUGGACCCAGGAGUAUACUUUCACAAAUCAACCCUGCUCGGUAGUGGAAUUCUUGAGGACUGCCGAGACUGCACAAAGAGGCAUAUACUGCUAAGCUCGCGGCCGCGUGUCACUUUCAAAUUUGGUACCUAUGCUUGCCGAUGGGACUGCUGGAAUGCCCAAACAUCCUCUGAAUUGGGCAUUGUGCUCGACUUGAUUGCAGACGAACUUGAAAAAGUCGGAGGAGUAACUAUCGCUGACGAAGCCACUGUUCUCGAAGCAUCGAGGUUCAUAUCGACUUAUGCAAGGACGGCGCUGAGCUUCGAGAACGAGUCAGCCUUCAAGCCGUUCAUUACGAGAGUGCUUGAUGUAGUCAAAAGCUUUCACACUCGCUUCUCCGGUCUCGUUUCUAGAAAAUCGAUGUCAAACAGAGGCUUCCAAACUGCAACAAGAGUGUGUGACAGUUUACUCAUUCUUGUACUGGUGACUCACUUGGUUUGCGCACAGCAUGAUGACUUGAUGACGGAAAAGUUCCAAGUGGAAGACCUCCUGCAAAGUUUGGCUGCAACAUCAAUGUCAAAUCUGCUGCUUAUGGGCGUAAAUCAGGUCCAAAAGUCUUACAUGCGACUUCGAGAAACUGCAUCACACGAGCAAGGUCUGCGAGAAGACCAACCAGUCAUUCACUCCUGGGCACUUGUGAUGCAGAUCCUAGAAAUGAGUCAAAUUCCGCGUGGCUCAUUCUGGGAUGUGCUGAAGCAGACCAUUGCAACCAACGCCGAUAUCUCUGUAGCUCAAGCACAGACUUAUGAACGAGUCUGGGAAAUCAUGUUUACUAUGUUGCCGCUUUGUGAAUUUAACGCUUACGGUAUACUGAUGCCCGGGAAGCGAUUUCAAGCGAUGAACGAUGGAUGGAUGAUUGUGCAACAGCUGCUUCGACAAGUCUUCACAGUGUACCAAGAAAACUCGCGGCAAGCUCCCAGUUUCAAUAAUUACUGCCGGGCACUGAUGAGCAGAUGUCACUAUCUCGUACAGCAAUGGGGGUGGCGGCGAAGCGGAAGCAUUGUCGGUGCGAUUUUUGACUUUUUUGGCUCUCAAAAUCUGGAGCACCUACGCAAUGAGGAAGUCAGCGCCUCUCCAAGAUUCUUGGAGUGUCUUGCGGGAGACCCGUCUCUGGCGAUUGAACUAGGGGACCCUUGCUUCCACGUCUUUCUCAAAUUCCUCGCACUUAGCAUACAGAAGCUUCGGGGUGCUGGUGCUAUAGGGGAUGUUCGCAACCUCGUUGCCCGCAUACUUCCCAACCACAAUCGACAACUCUUGAAAGAGCAGACAGUGCACGAGCGAGAUCUGGCAGCCCUCAGAAAUCAUCAUGAUCUUCUGGCAACCCUUUACUGGGCUGCUCCGCCAGACUUGCGACGCUCGCCGGUGCUGAUCGAGCAACUUGUGGCACCAGAGACCUCACACAAGGAAGCAAUCUUGAUCAAUAUUCGCUGCUGGAACCAACUUGCUCGCUUCGUCGUAGCGAAGGGUGAGGCGCCAACAGCCUUUAAAUUGUUCAACUUUUGGCGCCAGGGAUUGUUCCAGAAGAUGGUUCAACAGUUUGAUUCUGCAGCUGCGGAUAUUCAACAGCAGCUCCUCGCACUACCAAUUGAUGUACGGGCCACUGUCAGUGAAGACAUGAUCAGUUCUAUGAUUUCGAUCAACAAGACAGCUGUCGGCGAUGUGCUACAGGCUAGCAUUGCUGCUUCAUUGGACGUUAUGAACCAUGCUGCCGAUCUGGAAGCUGCGACUUUUUGUCUGAAUACUCUGCAGCUCCAACACGUCUACAAACACAGCAGCAUCUCGCCGCCCGAACUCAACUGGAACAUAUUACGAGGAGCUAUCUCUACUCUCGACUCAUUUAUGGGCUAUAUUGCAAAGUUCAAAGAGAACGAAGAAAGCCAACAGCGGGAGAGUCAAAUUCUCGAUUCUGCUCGUGCAGAUGACGCUCUUCUGUUACUGGAUCACGACAUUUCAAAGUCUUAUUUUUCCAUGGUGCGAUGCAUGUUAUCCCAGAAACCACCAAACCAGAGCCCUACAUCAUCUUUCACCUUUGCAGACAUUGAGCAAGGCGUUGCUGUUUCAGUUCGACUUGCGACCUGUUUCAUUAACGGCGGGCUAAUCAAGCCGCUUGAUCUCUUCCAGCGUGGGAAAUAUGGGCUGUUUGAUGGCCUGAUUCAUAAGCUGGACUUCGAGCAAAGACAGUACCUCGUGUUGGUCGUGACCACACUACUGAAGGCUGGCAUUGAUGACUUUACAGAUGUAAGGUUCACUCUGUGUGAGCUCUGGUUGCUCGUGCUCGUCAUGCCCAGCCGCUACCUGAAAUAUGAGCAUCUACUAGCCGAUGCGUUGCGUCAACGUGGCGAAUAUUUUCUCCCAUCUACUGACACUGGACUCAUGAGCUCGCCGAACUACGAAUGCAACGGCACCCUGUUUGAAUUUGCGAUAUCUGCCAUGCGCAACUCUGUUCUUAAAGCCGGUCCAAAUGUGAAACAGGACUUGGUUGCGAUGCAUUCGAAUGCUCUCAAACUGGUUAUGGAACAGAUGAAGGAAGAUUUAAAAGCAACGUCUUCUCAACCGGUUACUCAUGUCGCCUACGUCGCGUUUGCUCGGCGUAUCAUCUCUCUCAUCCGUACUCACGGUUCCUGCACCCUCGACAACUUCUACUACCAAAUCAGCAAAGACUAUACCCCGUCCGAUGAAGACCCUCACCUGCAAAUUGCGACCAUGGAAUCGUAUGGCUUGCGGUUGCGUGAAGGUGAUACGAAGGUGGUUCAGCAAGUUUUCUUCUUCUUGUUCAACCAUUUCAAGAUGGCUUUGAUAUCUGACAACCUCGAAGAGGAGAAGAAUAUGCUACAGAAAGGAAUGGGACGCAAUCGAGAGAUAACACAAUUCAUUGUGGGUAAGAUGCUCCCCGCGACAAUCGAAGCCGCUGCUUCCAAGGCUGUCGCCUACCCUCUCUUGGACCUAUACGUGUGGGCGGUCGCAAGUAGGCUCAGACACUAUACGACGACAUAUCACCUGGGUGACGGCGAUCUUCCCGGAGUAAAGGCUGUCUUGCAAGCGAUUUUAAAAGGUAUUAGUGAAUGGAUUGCAGAGCCGGCACCGCCCACAGCUGUGAGACUACACACUCUACGGACCUCCAUCGCCGGGAUGAAUCUACUCUGGCCUUCUAUCUACGAGUAUUCAUUGAAUCAGGAUGCAUCGCCUGCGCGGUGGGUCGAAAUUAUCAAGCUCGUCAAGACGCUUAACAGAUACAUCAUCGCCAGCCAAGACACCCUGUCUCAAGCUCGAUUAUGCAGCUCCCAGAUGCGAUUCGACGAGAUUCUCGCCGCAGUAUCAUUCGACGAGAUUCUCGCCGCAGUAUCAUUCGACAGUGCACCGAUUCAAAGCAUGGCAGACGAGGACGUUCGCGGGUUCGCUGACAACAUCAAGCAAGACGUUGAUCGCCAUUGGUUCGUGGUAGACGGGCGCAUCUCUAUUCAGGCGCCAGGGAAGCCACGAGGUGGCAGCACCCUGCAGGGCGUUGUGCAGGCUAGAUGGGACGCUUCCACGCUCAUCGCAGGCACCACAGCGCAGCUCACUGAGUGGCUACGCUGGAAGGAAAAGAUGGAUGGGGGAAAUGGCAUUUUACAAAGCAUGGAAUCAACUUUCACACUACCGGAAGAGUCGAUAUUAAACCCCUUGUUCCAACAAUUCCCGUGCCGCGAGCACCAAAUACGGUCUCUGGCUAGCUUGCUCAGUCCCGGUGCGAUCUCCUGCCGCAAUCUCGUCGUCCAUGGUGCCGAGGCGACAGGCAAGUCCAGCGUCACCGCCGCCCUUCUCGACCGACUCUGCGAAGAACCGAAGCCAGGCCUCGACAAUGAUGCGCCGCGAGCCCGCCUCCUCCACCACGCCCGCGUCGACGCCGCACAGUGCAUUACGGUGCGGCACCUCUACGAGCGCAUCGUGGGUACCGUGGCGGUAGCCCUGCAGGCGUACGACCGCGCGCCGAAGCGCUGCGAGACCAUGGCACAACUCGCGGUCGCGCUCGGUGAGAUGAUCGAUGCCAGGGCCCGAGACAACGACGACCCGCGAUGGCGGUUCGUUCUCCUGCUCUCCUCGAUGGAUCGACAGCGCGAGGCCCCGGCGACACUGCUCCCCGCGCUGGCCCGACUUUCUGAAAUGAUACCAUGCCUCACCUGCGUCAUCAUAGUCACGUCGCCGCCGGCUGGCUUCUUGCGCUCACCCGGCUCGGCCAGUCUACACUUUCCGCCCUAUACGAAGCAAGAAUACGUGCGCAUCCUUGCGCUCUCGCCGCCCCCGCCCGUCCAGGGCACGACGCAGCAGGAGACGAGCGACCUGUGGGCGCGCUUCUGCGCGACCGUGCACGACGCCCUGAUCCGCGCGGCAUCGAGGACGCUGCCGUCGUUCAAGGACUGCUGCCACGCGCUAUGGCCCCGGUUCACCGCCCCGAUUGUCGCGCAAACUCACGCGCCUAAGGAGUUUUCCAAGCUGCUGGUGGCCGCGCGCGUGCACUUUCAGGACGAGUCCCUGCUCAACCCCAGCAUCAUCGCCGUGCGACCCAGCGCCGCGACCGCCGCCGCCGGGUCCGUAGCCACCAAGGCCAAGCCCGGCAACGUGGCGGAGCUGACGUCCCUGCUGCCCACCAUUGCGCGCCUACUCCUCCUCGCCGCCUAUCUGGCCUCGCACAACCCAGCUAAGCACGACCUCGUCCUCUUUUCCACCUUUCACCACGGGCGGAAGCGGCGGCGGGGCGGCGGCGGUACAUUCUCGCGCGGCGGACCUGGUCGCGGCAAGCACCGCAAGAUUGCGCGCAAGCUCCUUGGCUCGCACGCCUUUGUGCUGGAGCGCAUGAUGGCCAUUUUUGAGGCGGCACGCGCUGAGUGGAUUGACGACGGGCGGCCCGUGGGCGCCGCGGGUGUCGACGGCGACGUGGGCAUGGCACUCGCAACGCUCGUCAGUCUCCGGCUACUGGUGCGUGUGGGCGCAGGCGACAUGAUGGACCGCUCGGGCAAGUGGAGGAUCAACGUGGGGUGGGAAGCUGUCCGUGGCAUAGGCCGGAGCAUUGGCGUCGAAGUCGAAGAGUGGUUGAUUGAGUAG